AUGUCAGUUGUUCACGAGAAGCUGACUGGUACACAUGAAGCUCUCACCUUGUGUGUUGAUGAACAUGAUGACACUCUCAAGAGCUUGGGUGAGAAGCCGGUACAAAAGAAGGCAGCCAGUAAGCAUGUUUCAAAUGAACACCCUGCAUUAAAACCAAUGUUUGCUGACCUUUGUGGCAUUGAGUUGUCCUUGGGGAGGAAUAAACGAGCAGAUGCGUUAACACAUGUAAAGCCAUUAGAGAGCGGUGAAGCUUACAAGACUGGGGAAGAUGAUGAAGCGAAGACCUGGCACCCGAAUUGGAUUGGCCAUGUUGAUGAUGAAGUAAACGCCAAGUUCAUAAAGGAAGUCAUAGACUGGGUCUACAACAAUGAGAAGAUCUGCCGUGAAAAUCCUGCAUUAAAUAAUGACAUCCCUGAUGAUGACUUUGAUAAGGAAACCAUCACGCUAUGCACAAAGGACUACUUCCGAAAUGUACACAAACAGGCUGUGACUCGUACUGAUCCAUCAAAAAUUGAAAAGGCUAAUCAUAAGAAGACUAGUGGGCGUCAGAGGGGACGGCGUGUCACGGUCACUAGGAACUGUUGUGAAGCUGCAGUGGCCUUUGAGAAAGAGACAGGAAACUUGGGUGCGGUUGCAAUGAUCGAUACUGAUUACACAUCAGAUAUCUUGACCUGCGGAGACCUGAGUGAGGAUACCAAGUAUGACACUGAUGAGCACGAACCAGCUGUCAAUGCCAGUACCUCAUGUCCAAUGAAGCGCCGCAAAACCAUGGAAGCGAGUACCAGGACAAAAGUCUAUGUGAAGAAGACCUUUGAUAUCAGCCCCAGCCAGAUGGAUGAGGACACACCAUUGUCUGCAAAAAAUAACCUGCCAUUCAAGAAUAUGGUUGUGAAGCACUGGAGGCAAAAACAUCCAGAGAUGAAGACGCUUGACGGAGUUCCAUGGUUAGAGGGAUUCUGGACUGCCCUCCAACAAGAUGAUGUGAUUAAGGAGGACUAUACAUAUUUGAAAGAGCUCGAGGAGUGGCACCUGAAACAGGACAAUGGGGGAGAUGAAAGUGGGGGAGAUGAGAGCAGGGGAGAUGAAAAAUGA